AUGGAUAAAGAUUACACUAAUUUUGGAAGUACUCCGAGAGGGAAUCAUUGGUUGAAUAAUAAUAAUACAGCUAGAAACGGUCCAAAUAGUCAAUCUCAAUAUUCUCCAUUUACUCUAGGCCGAUCUUCCCAACAGCGACGUCAAGAUCGCUCUUCAGGAGGUUUCUAUGGAGAAAGUCCCUACGAUGAAGAUUUACAAGAUAAUAUUUACGGGAAUAUGGCUCGAGGUAAGAUAAAUUCAAAUCAUCAAAAUGGUUAUUUAAACCAAUAUGGCAAUGCAACUUAUGAUGACAAUGCAACAGGUAUUCCGUAUCUGGAUGAAGAUGAAGAUAUACAUAAUGGAGAACCGGAUAUGGAUUUACAAAAUACACAACGAUUCUCGAGAGGUUAUGAUGAUAGCCAAUCAGAUUCCGGAUCUGUUUCUGGUUCAGAAUCUUCAACUUCUUGUUAUUCGAGAUCUUCUUCAUAUUACCUUCAAAAACCAACAUCUACAGGUAUACAAGGUAGUUCUGGUGAUUUGAGACAAAGAAGAUCCUCCACAGAUUCAAGAAUUAUUUCCAAAGGGAAAUCAUCAACUUCUAAUAGAAAGUCUAAUAAUAAUAAUUAUAAUAACAACAAUACAAAUAAUAAUAAAUCUUUACCAUUAAUUUCUACAGAGAUUCUUGAUGAGUCCAAACAAAAAAGAUUAAUCAUAAUUGUAUUUAUCAUUUUACAAUUAUAUAAACUUUAUGAUUUGAUUCUCUUGAAAAAUGGAUUACCAAUUCCAGGCUAUAUUAUGAUAAAUUCCAGAUUUGGGUUUAUUUUUAAAUAUAUGAUUUUAGAUUCAUUAUUUUUUUAUUUGUUACCUUUUUUAAAAUUAAAUAACUUUUUUGGUUCAAAUAAACUUUUAAUUAUCGGAUUAGUAAUUGGUUUAAAUUUAAUUAAUAUCUUCAUCUCCAAUAAAAAUACUUUUGUAUUUUUAUCAAAUCUAAUAAUAAUAUUCUCAAAGUUUAUUAAUACCAAGGAAAUAUCUUUGACUGGUUCUUCAGUAAACCACCAUCAAGUUAUUGAUUAUUCAAAUCAUUUUAAAGGUGCAUUAACAAUUAAAAUUUUACCAGAAAAUACUGCAAUGUUUAACCCUUUCCAUGAUUCAUUUUGUCAAUUUAAUCCAACAUUUGCCACUCCAGAAUUCAUAAAUGUUCCAAUUCGUAUUAAUUCCACUUCUUCAAUUAAAUUUAUUCAAUUAAAUUAUAAAGACUUAAGUAAAAAUUCAAAUGAGCAAUUAUUAAAUUUUACCAAUAAAGAUUUUAAAUUGAUUAAAGAUCCUACAAAAUUGUUAUCUAAAAAGACAAAACAACAAUUACAACAAAUCAACCAUGAAUUGGAAAAUAACAUUCACUAUAUUGUUGUACCUUUAAAAUCAACUGGGUUUUAUGAAAUUAAUAAAAUAAUUGAUUCAAAUGAUUUAAAGUUAAAGACAUAUACCUCUCAUCUUCUAAUCCCAACUUGUCCAUCUGCAAAGAUUUUCUCAAGGUUGAAUAAUGAAGGAGAUUCUUUGAACAAAUGUAUUAAUGAUAAAGAUGAUAUUCAAUUAUCAUUGAAUGGGUUACCACCUUUAAAAUUAUCUUAUACAAAAAUUAUAAAUAAUGAAUCAUUUUCAUAUAUUGAAUCCAAUUUACAACCAGAAUUAUUCCAAUCACCUUUGCAAGCUUCUCAAAAAUAUAUUUAUUCAUCAAAGGACUUAAACACGCUUUCUGAUUGGUCACAAAAUGUAGAUAUUACAAUUGAUUUGGAAUCUCAACUAUUAAUUGAUGGUAACUACAAUUAUAAAAUAGAUUAUUUAAUUGAUGCUCUAGGUAAUAAAGUUGAUUUCUCCGAAUAUUCAAAUAAGAUGUUGAAAAAACAAGAUUUAUUAUUUGAUUUUAAUGUUCAUGCAAUCCCAAGAGCUACAUUAGACGAAAAAUUCAAUUCAAAAUCUCCAACAAAGAGAUCUAUAUUAAUCAAGUUUAGUCAAAAUAUUAUUAGCAAUGAAAAAUCUUCAAAAGAUACAAAUAUAGCAAAAGAAAAUUGGCUAAUGGCAAAACCUUAUACUGCUACUUUGGAAUUCAUUAACUCUAAAAACGAAAUUAAAACUUUUGAUAUUAAAACAAAUAACCCAAUUCACGAGUUUGUAAUUAAUGAACCUGGUACCUAUAGAUUAAAAUCCUGUAACUCAAAUUAUUGUUCGGGCCAAAUCUUUGGUAAGAAUUCUAUUAUUGUCUCCAAACCAAUCCCACCUCAUUUAAAGAUUGUCUCUUCACCAAUACUAGACCAAUGUGUAGGUCAAGUUGGUUUGAAUUUUGAUUUAACAUUUACAGGUGUCCCACCUUUCUAUUACAUUGCAAAAAUAUAUAAAUAUGCUAAUUCACCAAAGAAUUCAGAUGACGAAAUUGACUUGAAAAAUGCAAAGAAAACCUUAUAUGAAACAAAAAAAUUUUCUUCGAAGAGUACCCGUAUGCAAUUCAGUUAUUCUCCUGCUGAAGAAGGUAAUUAUCAAAUUAUAUUUGAUCAAUUAUCUAAUGAUUUAUUCCUUGAUCCAAUAGAAUUAAAACCAGUUGCUGAGUACACUUUCAAUACUAAGAUGAGAGUUAAACCAGGUGCUAAAUUAAAACAAUCUCCAUCUCCAUUAUCAUCAAAGAAUAAGUUGUGUUUAGGUCAGCAAAGUAAUAUUGAUAUUAUCUUGAAGGGUGAAGCACCAUUUACUUUGAAUUAUGAUAUAAUUGAAACGUCAACUAAUAAAAGAACUUCUUAUAAUAUUGAAAAUAUCAAUUCUAAUGAAUAUACAAUUUCCACUCCUAAAUUUAAUAUCGGCGGUGAUUAUAUCGUUUCUUUAGUUUCCAUUCAAGAUUCAAGUGGUUGUUUAGUUGGUUUAAGCGAACCAGAUACGAAAAUUAACGUAAGAAGGGAUGUUCCAUCUACCGAAUUUGAUAUCUUGAACUUAAAGAAUAAUAACCAAGUAAUGAUUAAAGAAGGUUCAAUUGCAGAAAUUCCUUUAAAAUUAUCUGGUGAAGCUCCGUUUAAAGUUGUAUAUGAACAUUCUGAUUAUCAAGGAAAUAGAAUCAAACUGUAUGAAGCUAGAUUUAAUUCUAACUCAAACCCAAUCUUAAAAGUUAAAGAAGAAGGUAUCUAUAGAUUAAUCGAGAUGAAUGAUAACUACUGUAAUGGAAUAAUAAACAACUUGGAUAAAAAUCAUUUUAAGGUGUCAUUUUUAGAUAGACCUUCGUUUACAAUAUUAAAUAAUGCAAAUAUUAACAAGGUUUCUGAUAUUCUCUUUACAAAGAAGAAUGUAUGCCAAAAUGUAGAAAAUGUUGUUGAUUUAUCAUUAACUGGUGCUGCCCCAUUUAUCUUAGAAUAUGAGUUAAUUUCACCAAAUGGUUAUAGAGUUAAGAAGAAUAUACACACCUCCACCAAAUUAGCAAGCAUUUUAUUCCCUAAUGAUCAAUCUGGUGAAUAUAUUGUAAAAGUCAAAAAUGUAUUUGAUGCAAACUACGGCAAAAAAGAUUUACAAUCCCACAGCAAGAAAGAUUAUAUUACAAUUAAACAAUCAGUCUAUUCUGCUCCUGAAAUUAAUUUUGUCGAUCAAGGCAAGACAUUUAGAACAUGUACAGCCAAUACUGAUCAAGAUUCUCUACUGGAUGCUAUAAAAUUAAAAUUCCUGAGUGGUUUAGGUCCUUAUUCUGUAACCUUCUCCAUUUAUCACGAAAGCACUGGAAGAACUGAUAAAUUUAUUUUAGAUGAUAUCAGUGAAUCUAACUUCCCAUAUUAUAAAUUAUAUGAUGGUUUGAAAUUAGGUAACCAUGAAAUUUCAAUUGAAAAGAUUAUUGAUAAGAAUGGAUGUGUUAGUGAUUUUUCUUUAAACACUAAGCACAGCAAUAAGAAUAAUAAUAAUAUACUAAUUUCUAUUACAGAUAUUCCAAAGAUUCAUUUGUUAGAUCCAAACGCCAACUACUGUGUUGGAGACUAUGUUUCUUAUCAAUUAAAUGGUGUUGCUCCUUUCACAAUCAAUUAUGACUUUAACGGAAACUUACUGAGGUCAACAGAACGUUCACAGCAAUUUGUAAGAGUUGCAUCUGAACCAGGUAAGAUUUCUAUUAACUCAAUUCAAGAUUCAUCAUCUCAAUGUAUUGUGAAUUUUACACAUCCAAAUUUUAUUGAAGAAUUUAGAAAACUUUCCUUGAUUAUUCAUCCAAUUCCUUCUGUCACUGUUUCACAAGGUAGACAUAUCUACGAAGAUAUUCAUGAAGGUGAUCAAGCUGAUGUUAUAUUCUCCUUUGAAGGUACCCCACCAUUUGCUUUGACUUAUGUAAGAACAGAAAAUUCUGAAAAUGAUGGUAACCCACAUGUUGUCGAAACUCACAAAGUCACUGAUAUUUGGAACUAUGAAUAUAAGGUCACAACUAGUUUGCAAGGUACCUAUGAAGCAAUUGAAAUAUCUGAUGCUUUCUGCGCUGCCAAGAAUGACGCCUUUUUCCAAAAUUAG